AUGGCCUCAAAAUCUCUUGUCGUCGGCGGUACAGGCGGUAUUGGCUACGCCAUCGCUUGUCGCAUCGCCGCCAACACUCCCUCAUCAACAGUCAUCAUCAGCGGUCGCAAUGAGCCAAAGAACAUUCCUCAUUCCAACAUGCAAUUCCGAGCGCUAGACGCAUCAUCCAUGCGCGCCAUCAAAAAUUACACAGACGAGCUCAAGGCGUCGCAGGAUCGCUUCGGUACUCUGGUUCUCACUCAGGGCAUUCUCACCACCGCUGGAAGAACUGAGACGUCUGAGGGCAUUGACCGCAAGAUGGCGCUUCACUACUACGGACGUCAACUACUGAUCAGGGAGCUCAUGCCAGCUCUCACAGAAGAUGCCAAGGUUUUGAUUGUCUUGGACAGCGUUCGUGGAGGUCCCGACAAAUUGAACUGGGAAGAUCUGGAUCUCAAGACCACGUUCAGCAUGUCGACUGCUGCUGCUCAUUGUUUAUCAAUGACCGACGCCAUGAUUCAACAUUUUGGGACUGAGCAAAAGGCUGCAGGUACCAAGCGACAUUUUAUUCACGCGACUCCUGGUGUCGUCAACACCAACAUUGCUUCAUCACUUCCUUGGUAUUUGCGGGGCCCGGCUUCAGCUGCUGCGUCUCUCUUUGGCGUGUCGCCUGAGAAAUGCGCAGAGCACAUGGUCCAAGGAAUUGAGAAUGCGGCGGCUUCUGGUGAGAAGGCUGGUACACAUUAUGAGUUUAUCAACGAGAAGGGUGUUGUGAUUGAGAAGACAGCGUGGAAUGAGGACCAGGUUCAGAAAGUCAAUGACCACACCUGGGAUAUUGUUGAUGGUGCAUUGAAGGUUUGA